CGUCAGGAGUCACGAGACAACAACAGGAAGUAGCACCGAGCGGAGCCGUGAAUAUGAGACGAACCUAGCGAGCUAAAGAAAUAGAGACACCUGCCAACUGAGUUCUGAUGUCGAUGCUCCAAACCUCUGUGACAAGCCAGUGAUAUCACGAUGGAGGGAGCCGUGAAAACCCUCACUUUGUUGGCCCUUUUCGUGGCUUCGCGGGUAAACUGCCAAGAAGCGAUUCUGCACAUUUCAAACGGAAUUACAGAUAGAGAGUACUGCAUCGUCCACAAUCACUCCUGGACCCCACUGUCACAAACCCUCGAUGGUGCUACCCAGUAUCCGCUGGUGAAUUUGACUUCCACUAUGCUAUGUAACAGCUCAGGGGUCAGUCCAGAUCUGGUUAAGGGCAAAGCACUGGUGGUGAUGAGGGGGGACUGUGAUUUCAGCCAGAAAGCUCUGGUUGCCCAGAACCUCGGAGCUACAACUUUGCUAAUUGCCAGCAACAAAUCAUUGUUCACUCCAUCAGCCAAUGACUCUGACUAUGCAAAGGUUCACAUUCCUCUGGCUCUCAUGAGGUACAGGGAUUUUCUGGACGCAGAGCAGGUGAUUGGUGAAGGGAUGACGGUGAAGCUGUACGCUCCAGUUCUCUCAAAGAUUGAUGCAAGCAUAGCAGUCAUCCUACUGAUAGCCAUUGUCACAGUUGCCUUGGGUGGCUACUGGAGUGGGACAUGUGAGAGAGAUCGGUUGAACAGUGGUGCAGGGCUGGAAGGAGGAGCAGACAACAAAGCAGACAGCGGAGAGCUUUCCCUGUACUCCCCUCUCAAAGUGGUUAUCUUUGUCGCCAUGAUGUGUGGGAUGCUGGUCCUCAUGUACUUCUUCUACAAUGUCCUUGUUUACGUCAUCAUUGCUAUAUUCUGCCUGGCAUGUGCCUCUGCACUGUUCAGCUGUUUUGAUGCAGUGAUGGAAAAAAUUGGCUGUGGCACUGUGAGCUUCUCUAUCCGAACCUGGAACUUCUCAGUGAGGUCUCUCAUACUGGCUGCUGUGUGCAUUAGCAUUGCUGUGGUCUGGGGAGUCAACAGAAAUGAAGACAGGUGGAUCUGGAUCUUGCAGGACCUCCUGGGCGUUGCUUUCUGCCUCAACUUCAUGAAGACAAUUUCUCUAUCCAAUUUCAAGGUAGCUUUUCUUUCAUCAUUUGCUUGAACCUUGUGGAGCUUAAGGAGAAUUUUCUUGGCUAUAUAUGUUUGAUAGAACCCGCCCUAUAUAUAGGCCUUUCAAAG